CUGUGCCGCUGCCUCCUCCUUCUGCUUCUCCUCCUCCUCCUCCUGCCUCUCCUGCUCCUGCCGCUGUGCCUGCUGCCGCUGCCGUGUCCGUGUCCGUGCCGCCGGGAGCCGGGCAGGAUGCGGGGCUGGCUGCGGGGCUCGGCGCUGCCCGGCGCGGUGCCGCUGCUCGGCUGCCUGCUGGCCGCGGCGUCCAGCACGCGCCCGGAGUGCAGCAUCAUGCAGGAGAUCGAGGAGGAGCGCAGCCAGUGCCUGGCAGAGCUGCCCUGGGACAACCAGACCUCAGGCUGCAGGAGGCAGUGGGACAACAUCACGUGCUGGCCUGAAGCAGAGGUGGGAGAAGUCGUGGUACGGCCGUGCCCCAAGUACUUCAGAUUCCUGACCUCCUUCCUGGGGAAUGUGACCAGGAACUGUACAAGCCAGGGCUGGUCUGAUGUGUACCCUGCACCCUACGCUGUAGCUUGUGGAUAUGAUUCCAACAGCACCCCAGGGGAAGAGCAAACAGCAUUCUACGGAACGGUCAAGACCGGCUACACCAUUGGCCACACCUUAUCCCUCAUCGCCCUCACGGCUGCCAUGAUCAUUCUGUGUCUCUUCAGAAAACUGCACUGUACUCGAAAUUACAUUCACAUGCACCUCUUCAUGUCCUUCAUCAUGAGAGCCAUCGCAGUCUUCAUAAAGGAUGUCAUCCUGUUUGAAAGUGGGGAGUCCGAGCACUGCUUCGUGAGCUCAGUGGGCUGCAAGGCCAUGAUGGUUUUCUUCCAGUACUGUGUCAUGGCCAACUUCUUCUGGCUGCUGGUGGAGGGGUUGUACCUUCACACCCUGCUGGUCAUCUCCUUCUUCUCGGAGAGGAAGUACUUCUGGUGGUACAUCCUGAUCGGCUGGGGUAGGCAUCUCCUCCAGGAUGGAUGCCAGGAGGGGACCCUGACUGGUGUUUUUAGGGGGAUUUAGCACAGCCCUCUCUUCCCAUCUCGGCAGGUGAACUUCAUCCUCUUCAUCUGCAUCAUCCGUAUCUUAGUCCAGAAGCUGCAUUCCCCAGACGUUGGGCACAACGAGACCAGCCAAUAUUCGAGGCUGGCCAAGUCCACCCUGCUGCUGAUCCCUCUCUUUGGCAUUCACUACAUCAUGUUUGCUUUCUUCCCCGACAACUUCAAAGCAGAAGUGAAGCUGGUCUUUGAGCUCGUGGUUGGGUCAUUCCAGGGAUUUGUGGUGGCUGUUCUGUACUGCUUCCUCAAUGGAGAGGUGCAAGCUGAGCUCAAGAGGAAGUGGCGGAGGUGGCACCUGGAGCGGUUCCUGGGCUCGGACAUGAAGUACCACCACCCUUCCCUGGGCAGCAACGGCACCAACUUCAGCACCCAGAUCUCCAUGCUGACCAAGUGCUCGCCAAAGACGCGCCGCUGCUCCGGCUUCCAGGCCGAGUUCUCUCUGGUGUGAUGGGGAGAGGCUUCCCAGGCACUGAGAGUCCAAAACUGAGACACGAGGAUCCCUGGGAACCAGUGAUCCCCUGACAAAUCCCUGUGAAAUGACCUGCUCCACAUGAGCCAACAGAGGACACGCAACUGGAAAAGCCGCUGGCGUCCAGAGUGAGAUGGGACAAGCCAAGAGGCAGAGAAACACUUUUGUUCUCCCUCUUUUCAGGCCUUUUGCUCUUCAGUUUCAAGCCCUCAGGGGGUGAUAACUCUGGGGAAUUGUCCAAGUUGCUUGAGGACAGCCCGGGAGAUGCUGAUGUGUCAUAAAUAAUGAAGUACUGGGGGUAAGGAAGGGAGAGGCUCAGUCCUUGGUGGCUUUACCAGAACUGGCAUCUCUGAAAGAGACAAAUUGCACUUUUUUAAAAAAAAGAAAAAAAAAAAAAAAAAAAAAAGAAAGCCAGUAAAGGAAAGACAGAGGCAGGAAUCAGGAAAAAAGAAAAAAAAGCCAAACAUAUGAAUGUGCCAAAAUUCCUGUGGAUAAGAGUUGAUAAUACAGCACUAAGAUGGUGCUGGGGACACGGGGAGAAGGGACAGGAGGAACAUGAGCGGGAAGGGAGAAGCCAGCCCAUGGCCCCCACCUUUUACACAGGUGGAGAUGAAGCUGCAGCACCAGGAAAGCCCCUUGGAGGAUGUCCUGGUGUGUUCUGCUAAUUCCCCACCACCCUUGGGAGCAGAAGCUUUCCAGGCACCCUUGGGGCCCUGAGGAAGGGCAGAUCACUGAGAAGCACCAGCGUGAGGACGCCCUUCUCUGCACUGUGCUGGUGACAUGGUGUUUUGCUUGGUUGUGUUCCAUGAACAGGAAACUCAAUUUGCAUGUAUAAAAACCAGGGCCAGGUGCCAAAAAGAGGAGCAUGGCUGUGGUUUGGUUUUUCCAUUCUCUUUAAGUUCUCCCAUAGAUCUCGGUGCAUGGAUGCACACAGGAUCGUUAGGGAUCAGGGGGAAAUAAUUGGGCUGUAAUUCAUUUGCACUUGCACUGUCAGGAAAGGGAGAUACAGGGCCCUGUAAUCCUUAAUUGAAUCAGAGCUGCCAUAAGGAGCCACUGUCCAGAUGAAAAACAUUAGCGUGACAGCAGCAGGUAACAUUGCUGUCAUCAGAACAGGGUUGUCUCAGCACACAACUGGCACUCCAGGAGGGAGGAAGGAGUGAAGGAGCAUUAAAUGGAUUUAUUCUUCAGCUUUUGUGGGGAGCUUUCAUGCUAUAUGAAGGCACUGUUAGAUGUUUUAAGAUGUGUUGUGCUAAUUCUCCACCAUCCUUGGACGUGUGCAUUUUACCUCAUUUCUGAGGGCCUGUUAGUUCCCACACAGGGGCAAUUCCUACUUGGGGAAUGCGCAUGGAUCCCAUUAAAACCAAGGGAGUAGGGUUUUUUAAUUCUCAUUUUCAUGUUGAAAAGGCAAAGGAGAAAUGUUAAAGGCAGUCCAGCUCAUUUGAGGCAACCCCACAGUCCCAAACUCAGUCAGAAGACAGAAAAUUCACGGAUACAGAUGCUCAUGUUCAUGUCCCACUCAAAUGCAUCAAGUGGGGUUAAAAAAUGCUGAGGGUGGGAUAUCCCUGCCCAGAUCGUGUGUACCCUCAGAAAUUGGGCUGCUGCCACCCUGCUAAAAGGUGUCCUCGUGCAGGAGUGUCUGGGUCACCAACACAGGCACCUGGAGAGGGAGCUGAGCUCCCCUUGUGGAGCUCAGAGAUCUCAGCUUACCAGAUUUAUUUCUCCACAGUGCAAUGCAGUUCAUUGGAGGGAAGCACCUGCAGCCUGGUGGGGCUGGGGGUCGUUUGCCCUAAGCAAAGGAUGCCAACAAACCACGCUGAGCCCAGGAGGAGACUUGCAGAUCCAGUUCCUCCCUGACUCCUGACAGUUCCAUGCCAUAACCAUCCCCAGAGCCUGUCACCAGCUGAGCUGGAUGCUUCCAAAGUAUUUCUCUAGGUGUGGGACUGAGAACAGCGUGGGGGGCUGGAGUCAAUGAAGGGCCAUGAGAAACUGUGAUUCACCAAGGGCAAACGUGCAGUCCUGAGUUUGCAGGGAGCCAGCUCAGAUCCUGUCACAGUGUGGCCGUGGCUACCCAGCCUGUAGGUCCUGAGAGGAUAGGAAGGUGUGAAAAUUCCUGGAAUUACAGUGCUGGUGACCCCGGGCUGGCUGGGUGUGAGCCAGAUUUGUUGUGGCUACUUUACACUGAGCCCACAUCAACAGUGAGGAUCCAACUCUGCUGUGCCAUAAGAUCAUAAAAAGGCAGCUCCCUGAUUCCCAAAAUGCAGAGAAAACAAGAAGAUGCUCAAAAUAUCCCCACUUUUCUUGGUUUGAAGCCCUUAUGCCUUGACACCCCUGAAACUAUCCCAUUGAAAUCCACGAGGUCCUCAGAAGCAAGAACCUUUUAAGUGGUCAUGGUCAGGAUUCAGGAAGAGUUUGGACAAUUCUCUCAGGCACUUGGUGUGAUUUUUCAGGUUGUCCUGUGCAGGACCAGGAGUCGGACUCAAUGAUCCUUGUGGCUCCCUUGUAACUCAGGAUAUUCUGUGAUUCUGUGAUUCUCUUUGUGUUUGGUGCUUGUGUUGCUCUGUUGAGAGCAGACCUGGAUUAGAACUCACCCAGGAAAUACUGGAGAAAUCCCACCAGUAUCACCAGUUCUUCUCCUGUGCCUGGUUCAAAGCAAGGAUUUGACCUGCAUUUUUCCAGGUGAAUGACUAACGUCAAGGAUGCCCAGAAGAAGCAAGGGAAAAUUCUGUCUCAGCUUCCAAGUUGUUCCACUUGGAGUAAAAUGCUUUGUCUCACUGGUUCAGAGUUUUGAAGCAGUGUCAGUCUGGGAAAGAUUGGAUUCAUCAGGCUGCAAAGCCAUUUUCCCCCUGUUCAUCUGUCAUGGUAAAUCUUUGUACCCAACAAAACUGAUGGGCUGCAGAGGAGCACGGCCCAACCUUGCACUGAGGUGCCUGAGGUGUGAACUGCAAUUUCAGGUCCCAGAGAAGCAGCAGAGGAGCUGGAGCACAGAGCUGUGGAGCAGAAGAGCAGCACCAUUGCCAGCAGCCUCCUCUGUGGGAUGUGAGGGAAUCCCUUCCCAUCUGUUCCAGGCAGCCUUGCUGGGGGAAGGCCUGUGAGCCAUCAGCACUGACACACAUCGAGCAUUUUCCCUCUGGUCUUCACCUUCCCCUUCCUCUCCCCGUGCUCCCUUUCCCUCUCCAUUUGCAGGGCUUUCUGCUGCGUGUUUGCAGCUUCUCUUGUGUGCCAGCCCUGUGCUCACCCGUGCCAGCACCACCAUAUGCCAAAGACAGCCAGGAAAGGUUUGCCUUUUGGAGAUGUGACAGGGGGAAAACCCAGCUGGUUACUUGCUCUCCCUGCAGGCUCCUCUGCAGCCUCUCAGAUUCCCCAGUGAGCUAUUCUGCACAGGAGCCUGAAGAUGGAAUGUUGCCUAAACUGAGGGACUCCUUCAAAAAGCGUGGAGUACAUCAGCAUGCCAGAACUGAGCCCCCAGGCACCCCACCCACAAUUAUUUCAUUACUGAACAUCCAGCCACGUCGCCCUUCUGCUCUCAGGGGGGCUUGAGGGACUAAAUGAACGUGCUGAAUAUACCUGCUGUGCCAGGCAUGGCAAUGGCAGCCAUGCAGAGCUGCCAGCCCAGCUGCCUUGGCCUGGUGUUCCAGGAAAACAGAGGAGCUGGGGCUGAAGGCACAGCUUUUCACUCUGGGGACGUGAGCAAUCAAGUGAAUGAUGACAUUGGGCCCGGGCCCUUUUUAACCGGCUUAGCGCAGGAAUUUGGCGCCGUAACUUGGCCUUGUCUCCCCUCUUUCUCAUCCAACAUCAUUUCUCAUCAACAAAACACAAUUCAAGGACUUCUCUGCAGAUGACAGCGAGGAGCGAGCUGUCCUGGCCCCAGUGUAACACAGAGCUGGCUCCAGCAGGGCAGCUGCAUCCACGUGCUGCAUAACGGGAUCAGAGGUGUGCCUCUUACAAGGUAUUAAAACUUCCUCUGCCUCUGAUAAAAGGCACAGAUAUGUUUGAGGAUCAUUAAUUUGGGCUGCAAAACUCUUUACAGAAGCAAAGCCAAAUUCUGGUCCUGCUUGCACCAAUCAGUUCACGGUGGUGACUCCUGAAUUACACCAGCACUAAACUGGGAUUUGCCUUCAAAAUAAUUCCUUUUUCUUCAUCCUGGAGCUGUUUACUCCUUUUUUACAUCAGGGAUAGAGUGAGCCCCUCCUGUUCUAUACUUCAGUGCUGGAAUUAUUAAAAAUUAUUAACAAGUAUAGAACAAUUAAAAUAUAAAAAAUAAAUUAUUGUUUCAAGGUCUGGAGGUAUCAGGUUCAAUGCUAACAUUAGACUGUAGAUAUUUCUGUUCAGCUGCUACCUGUGUUGCUUUGUGACCCUCUCAAAAACAGCAAGAAAUGAGAAUAUGUGUUUAGGGUUUAGAAAAGAAAUUCUGUUGCAGAAUUUUAGGGGCAUUAAAAUCAAGCAAGUGUUUUAAAAUCAGAGUUAUGUAUGCAGCAGCAGCAUUACUGCAGUUGUGGAAUGAACAGGGGGAAAGGCCAGAAGAUGAAAGAUCUGAGCAUUUUGUUUUAUUUUUGGUUUGUUUGGGUUUUUUUGCUAGGAAACAAGUUUUAUUUUUCUCCAGGAAG